UAGUAGUGCUGUCAGUUUUGGCAGUAACUUCAGCCGGGUGUUUUUAAUAUGGUUGAAGAAGCCUCGAUUGGCAUAAUUUUGUAAAAUUUCCCCCAAUUUAUCAUGAAUUAAGUGUGUCUGUGCAAUAAAAUCAAUUGAAGCUUCGUGCUACCAUCGAGUACUAUGUGUAUUUGAGUGAUUUUUGCGUCGCGAAUGGGGUUCUGUGGCCACCUUCUGCAAAGUGGGGCCCCCCAGUGAAUUGUGUGUGGCGUGUGAAAGUGUCAAAAAAUGCAAUCGAAAAUUUUCUCCUGGCAAAAAUAGAGGAAGAAAUCUCUUUUGAAGUGUUCUGGGUGGGCAGAUUAUUUUAAGUGUAUUCAGCUGAACCCUUUUGUUUCACCAAAUGGCUGAUCGAACUGGAAUUGUUGCAUCACGAUCGAGUGGUGGAGCUGCCAUAAAACAAUCACAUCAAAAUUGUCCGGGAAAUGAUAAACAACGACCAAUGAUGAAUAUGCCAGCAAAACCUAAUCAGAUAAUAAGGCCCAAAACUGUGGUGAUUCGACGUCAGGAAAAUCAUGGCUUUGGCUUUACGCUGAGACACUUUAUUGUUUAUCCACCAGAUGCAAAUGAACCAGUGAGAACUGACCAGCCUACCUUUCAAGUCACAGAACCAAUGGAUACGGUUUUUGUGAAGGAGGUCCGUCCCAAUGGACCUGCUCACGUUGCCGGCCUCCAAACGGGUGAUCGUCUGUUGACUGUGAAUGGAAUUGCAAUUGGUGGAAUGCCCUAUGCCCAUGUUGUAUCAAUAAUCCAGCAAAUUCCAUCAAUUCUAACCCUUCAAGUCGUCCCAAAGGAGUGUGAUGUACUCCAAACAUUUUUCAGUGAAACAGCCCAUAAUCCGGAAACAAAUCAACGUCCCCGUACGGGGAAUUUAGGUCAUCAUACAACAGAUAUCCCAUCAUUUCAUCCCAGACAAUCAUAUCCAGUGGGAAAUUAUGAUCCACAGGUGCACUUUCAAGCAUAUCAACCACCUGGACAAUCAACAAGUUAUCGAUCUCAUGAACCUUCAGAAAUUGUUUACAAUCCACUAUACAGCGGUGAUGGGGGUAAAACCACAAAUCGCCGUGAAUCUCAAUUGUCAACUGUAUCCUCAACCACAGUAUCAUCUUAUGAUUCUCAAUUAUCCAACUCCACUACGUCGACAAUUAAAGAGCUGACGGAUAAUGCGAUAAUGAUGCGUCUGAAGAAGACAUUUGAGCAGAAGGAAGAAUUUCUCAGACGUCCAAAUCAACAGCCACUUUUUUCAUGGGUAUCACCGCCGGCAUCACUUGAAGUGAAUUCUGGGCCUAAAGUGCCUGAACUCAGUGUCAAACAGAGGGAAUUCUAUGCGAGACCGAAGAAGAUGCAAAAACAAAUUUGGCCACCACAUUCAGCGACGAAUUCCCCAAAUGCUUCUGGGCAAUUUGAGGGAGGUCUAGCGGCGGCUGUUGGUGGAAAAGAUGAUCAUCAGGGUCAGGGAAGGGCUGAUGGUAGAAGACCAUCGAGUGGACAAUUGAAUCAUUUUAUUCCAAUUCAGAAUAAUAAGGAGAAUGAAGUGGUGAGUCAUAUGCAGGAACGGCAGGAACAUAAGAAGAUGACACGUGAGCAAUUUUUUGCCACUGAUGAGACACGAGGAGGAAAGGAGGAAUUUGGUGUUGUGUCGUCGCAUCCGGGGCUCCAUAUUGUCUCUGAGAGGACCAAAAUGUUUGAAUCUGGACGACCACUGUCGCCAGAUGGCAAUUUUCUCGAUCGUACGCAGCUGUACAAGAGUGAAUUGAGUCGACUCAAUAAUAAAGUUGCUGUACCCAAUGUGGCGCACAGAAAGAAGGAAUUUGAGCUGAUUGGAUCAUCGGAGGAGCGUGAUAGAUCGGUGAGUUUGGAUCAUGCUGAUAUCACACGGCGAUGUCCACGAAAUGGAAUUUUGCCAAGUGAUGCAUCAUCAUUAUCACCGUACAAAAGUGCAGAGAGGGGUUUAGAUGGUGGGGAUGUGGUUAGUAUGAGGCCAGCAAAAUGUGCAAUUAGUUUGGAUGAUGAGGAGAGACGUGUAAGGAGAAUAUCGUAUUUGAGAGCUACGGCCAAUGAGGGAUCACUGCACAGUGAUCAAGCAACAGAUACCACAAGUUUCUCCUCAAUGCCAUCAGAUGUCCUCGAUGACGAUAAAUCUCCAUCAUCCCCAUCAACACGACGCAGUAGUCAGCGUGUAAGUGAAGAUCUCGGAAUACUCCUCUAUCCGACAGCCCAGAGGAGAGAUUCUAGUCUCCUGGAGAGUGGGGCAGAAUCUCAUGCAGGAAAUCUCCAGGUGAAAAUAACAUUGAUAGAUGGCAAAAGGAAUCAUGAUAGAUCGUGGAAAAAUAUCUGGGCACAAGUGACAGGAAAUAAGCUCAAGAUGAUGAUACAACGAGAAGGAAAACCAAAUCAAAAUCUUGGAAUCUUGGAUCUGAGGAAUUUCCAUGUUGCUGAUGCCAAUUACACAAAAAGAAAGCAUGUCUUCAAGUUGAUUUCAAUCCCUGCCACUCAUGUUACGACCUUCUCUCCACUGGGACCCACCGAAAUGCUCCUUCAGGCUGAAAAUGAUUACGAUAUGAAUCUCUGGCGGGACUUACUGCAAGCUGUCUGUGAUCCGGAACUACUUCUUAAAAAGGAUUGUGUUAUUGGGGAUGUGGGGAGUCAAAUUGCUGAGCCACAGAGUGUGGCUGCCAUCAAGACCAUCCAGACACCAUCGGCAACGAGUGAUGAGAGUUCAGGGGCUAAAAGUGUUUCGACAUCGAAGAAGUACUACCUGGGAUCACGUUCACCAUCGGGACAGUCUCCGGUGACAAAGAGUCGGAAGACACCGCAACAGCUCAAUAUAACUGUACCCAAUGCAGCGUCUGGGAGUGGAGGUCAGAAGGAUCUCAGCGAUAAGGAGGGUGGAUCACCCAAGCCUAAGACAUGGAAGGGUCUCGUAGCGAGACAAUUGAGGAAAAUUCAAGGACAACCUACUGCUGGACAGGGGAGUUAUCCUGCUUUUCCAGAAGGAGCUUCAAUUGGGGUUCCUCUCUCCCACUGCGUUCCGUCUGAGGAAAAUGAAUUUGUUCCACUCCUUGUGACACGAUGUACGUCAAUUGUUGAGCAAAAGGGUCUCGAUAUUGUGGGUAUUUAUCGCAUACCCGGGAAUACAGCUGCAAUUUCAGCUCUGACGGAGCAAGUAAACAGAGGAUUUGAUGAAGCGACUCUGAUGGAUCCGAAAUGGGAGGAUGUAAAUGUGGUGUCUAGCCUCCUGAAGGCAUUUAUUCGAAAUCUCCCGGAACCGCUGCUUCCCAAUGAAAUCUAUGCUAAUUUCAUGUUAGCUGACAAAAAGAGUGGAAGAUUGAGAAUGGCAGAAUUGAAGAAUCUCCUGGGAGCCCUUCCUCCAUUUAGUUAUGAAACAAUGAAGCACCUCCUUCGGCAUCUUCAUCGUGUUAGCCAGAAUUGUCUGGUGAAUUUGAUGGAACCGAAAAAUCUAGCAAUUAUUUUUGGACCAUCGAUUGUACGAUCAUCGAAUGAGACACUGGAAACUGCUGUUAAAGAUAUGAAACAUCAAUGUAGAAUAGUUGAAUCUCUUGUCACACAUUAUGGAUAUUUUUUUGAAAAUGGUCCUAUCCCUGAUGUUGCUGAACUUCCAACGCCCACGGAAGCUAAUAAGGAAUUAGAUGCACCAACGACAAAUUUACUCCUCGAUAAUGUUGCCAAAAUUGAACCGUUUAAAGAGAAAGAGUAUAGCUCGAGAUUUGUGGCCAGUAUUGUACAAGCAGCGAAUAGGAAAAUUAGAAAAUCUACAACGAGAAAAACUGUUCUUUCCACGGGAACACCUGAUAAUCUUUCUCUGGACAGCAACACUUCCACCGAAUCGAAAGACACAGCUUCAGCAUUGCAGCAUAUGGAAUCAUCGAAAGAAUUGGAGAGCUUAAAGCAUAGACUAUCAGAAGACGAUUCAAAUGAUUCCACAUUUGUAGAAAAUGGAUCAAUGUCCUUAACAACUGUAACAAUUGCCCUGGACAACAAAUUGAAGUCAUUGCGGUGUUCGCUCGACUCGUCCACUCAGGACAGCAGCGAAGUGGAUGCUCCGCUCAGGAGUCAGGCACUCAGUAUUGGGGACAAUUUGCCAUAUGCAGAUGAAUCACCAGAGAGGUCUCUGUUGUCAGUGAAGAUGAAGCCGCUGGGGCGUGAGAUGCCCAAGCACAAGGCACCACCGGGUGUGAGUUCGAAGAAGGAUGUUGAGCCGGUAUUGGGAGUUGUUGUUGGUAGUGGAGAAAAGGCUGUUGAUGAUGAUAUUUCCACAAGUUCAUCGUCAUCUUCGACGUCUGGGGACACAGACACUUCCACCACAAGUAUUCCCAUUCACAUUGACUCGGAGGUAUUGAGAAAGAUGAACAGGAUACUGACGAAUUUGGAGAGAAAUACCACAAAGAUGAAUAGAUCUCUAUCACUCAACUACAAGAGUCAGCAGAAAGGUGGCGAAUGUUGCUGCCAUGUGAAUCAUCGGGUGAUCAAUCGUGUGCCACUGACCAAAGAUGAGAAGACUGACAAGAAUAUCAACAAGAAGAGGCACUCGCAAGAGGCCAAGGGACACCAUCAUAGGCGCUACGAUAACCGCUCCAUAAGGCGGAGGCAUACUGUUGGCGGAACACACGAUUACUCACCCAAGUACAUCGAACGCACAGGUAAUACUCCCAUGGACAAUUACAGUACACCCUGCAGGAAUUAUGUGAUGCGCAGGAGUAGUUCCCCAGAGUAAAUCUUCUACAAAUGGGUAGCUGACUUAACAAAAAAAAAGUAGGUGGUUCUUCUCUUAAACAAUGAAUUUCUUUCUCAAAAGGCUUCGUAAAAUUCCAAACGAUUGAAUUACCUGUAAUUUGUGAUUUCAGAAAAUGUUUAGGAUUCUUCAGAAAAUCCCUUAUUGCAUUUUCUUUAUUUUAAAAUUAAAUACGUAAAAAGGUGCAUAUAUUUCCUUCAGCUUAAAAUUGAUUUCUUAAGAAAAAUAUCACAAUUCACGAUAUAAUUACUUUAUAAAUUCUUUUGAUAUAAAUAUGCAGCGAAACUUUUCCUAAAUUCCUAUUUUGUAUAAUUUUUUGACAUAAUUCUAUGUCAAAUUAUACGUAGAAAUAAUUUAGGACACGCCCCUUUUCGGAAUUUUGCAAUAUUAAUUAGUAUUAGAUAUUUUUUUUGAUUUUUUUUUUUUUUAAAUAAAUUCUUGGAAUCAUCUUAAAUUUUAUUAAUUGCUUUAUGUGGCUCAUUUAAAUUAACAAGGACACAAUUUAAUUAGAUUAUCUGAUAAAUUAUUUGAAAAUCUUCUUUUCUUUGCUCGCGGAAUUAUCAUGAAGUAAGGGGAUACAAAAAUGAUUUAUUUUUGCUAUUUUUGGGAAACAGGGACACAACUCAUGUGAUAUAUUCCUUUGUUACUCUUAUAUUUAAAAAUGUGUUUAUAAUUAUGACUUGCAAAGGCUCAAUUCUAUAUUUUUCCAAAAUAAAAGAAAAUAUAUAAAGGUGAUAACGGUAAAAGUUCAAAAUUUAUUGUAAAUAUAAAAAAAAAUACAGUAGACUCUCUCUCAAAUGGGCAUUUGGGGCGAAAUGUCAUCCGGUUUAUCUAUAGAUUUGGGCUUCAAAGCCUUUGUAAAUUCCACAAAAAGCGCUCAAUUAGAGAGAAUCACGAUAAAAUAGGAAGAACUACAGCGAAUUUGAGCAAAUUAGCUUCAUAAUUAAAUGUGAAAAUUGUCAACAAAAUUUUUCGCCCGAUUGCAAAAGAGACCAUUGGCAGAAAGUCUACUGUAGAGAAGGAAUCGUUUUUUUUGUAUACAAUACCGUGGGAUAAUUAUACAGGGAGUUCCGGCGGUCCGGCUUAAAUGUAAACGGAUUGAAUGAAUUUGAUAUUAAUUGCCUACUAUUGGGAGCUAAUUUAUAAAAUAAUUUUGAAAUGCCCCUAAAUGUAUGCAAUUUUUCACGCUGUAAAUUUGAAAUGCAUUUCUUAUGAACUGUUGGCGCUGUUAUUAAGCCGAAAAAUUGGCGUCGAAAAAAUCUUGCAUACAUUACGACGUUUCCGUAACUUAUUCCAAAGAUAUCUCCUGCGGAUAUGCAAUUUUACUGUGUCACUGGAGUUAAUUAGUGGGUUUUUUUCGGUUCCGAGAAAUUCUUUAAAAGCGGUAUUCCCUGUAAUUGCAACAAAUUUAGUCCUGUUAGAUCCAUUCAGGGAAUAUCUAGGGGAAAGUACUCUCCCUUCGAACGUUCAUGCCUUCGAAUAAUGUGAAUUUUCUUUCAUUUUUCCUAAAAGACUUACACAUUUCUUGUAUGAAAUAUUAGUUAGCUGUUAGCGUAUUAUCAAUUAUUGAUAAUUAUUUGAUAAUCAUGUGUAAGUCUCUUAGGGAAAGGAAAGGAAAUUCACAUUAUUCGAAUGUACGAACGUUCGAAGGAUUCCCUUUCCCUUAAGGACCGAAGCUCUUAAAGCAAUUUCGUAUAUGAGCACCUUGGCCAGAUUUAUUCCCUACGAAGAUCUAACUUGAACUCACUCUGAUUACUAAACCUCUCUAAGGAUACCCCUGCCAAAGGCGUAACUCAUAGGCUAAACUACGUCUUCGGGACUGAAGAAACCCUCGCGAAAUAUCUUUAUGCAGGGGAAAGUACUCUCCCUUCGAACGUUCAUGCCUUCGAAUAAUGUGAAUUUUCUCUUAGUUUUCCUAAGAGACUUACACAUUUCUAUCAAAUAUUAGUUGGCUUAUCAUCAAUUGUUUAUAAUUCCGUGACAAUUUAAUGUAAAUCUCUUACGAUAAACAAAAGAAAUUCACAUUAUUCGAAGGCAUGAACGUUCGAAGGAAUGAACUUUCCCCUACACAAUUAGAAAAAAAAUUAUGACCUCCAAUUUUUGACACUCUCGACCCUAGAAUGAAAUUAAAGUUUAAUAUUCGAAAAAAACGUACAAAAGAUGGCGGCUUCUAAGUAGCCGUCUUCACACAAUUUUCUUCUUUGAUAGUCUGUUUUUCCUUUUUGUAUCUUGUAAAUUAUUGAAAAAUUAUAAAAUUUGGGUUUCACCUCAAAUUUUACACUGAAUGUUGAUUAUUUGUCCGGUUUAAUCGGUUAUGAACCGGUUCUAGAAAUUCCCUUACGGGAAGACCUAGGUUCUUCAUGGAAUGUUGUGCUACUAUUAUUAUUUAUUAAUUAAUUAUUACUGAACUGUUUCCAAUUGGUAAUGAACCGUUUCAGAAAUAAUUAAAUAAUAAAUAAUAAUGGUAGCACAACAUUCCAUGAAGGAACUAGGCCUUUUCGCAAGGGAAUUUCUAGACACGCAUUAUUGUUUUUUUUUCUUAUGCGGGAUGGGGUUGUCAAUCCCAUGCCACGUGGAAUCAAAUGCAGUGAAGUUCACGGGAUGCAAUCCGAACACCCGUUAACGCUAGAAAAAUUCCUGGUAACCUAAAGUGGAUUUGAACCCGAAUAGUAGAGAGAGUACUUUACCUCUUGAUCCGUUGUGUGUCUUCGAACCGAUUCAAUGAUACAGUGCCCGCUUUCUAAUCCGGAUCGCCGUAAUCCGGACGAGUUCUCGACGGUUACAUAUAAAAUAAUUUUGAGGUUAUGUAUGCAUGUCUGUUCUACCAUGAAAAUGAAUUAUCCUGUGAUGUUUUUGCUUAAUAAAUGAAGUAUAAUAGCAUAGAAUUCUCUAAUUGUCUUUUUAAUCUUCUUUAUAACUUUUAUACUAAUUCUACAAAAAAAAACUUGUAUUAUAUUUUCGAGACCGUUGAACAAAUUUAAAAAAUCUAUCCGGAUUACGAAGCGGACAUCUGUCAUAUUGUCUCCCAAUCAUCCGGAUUACGAAGCGGGCACUGUACAGUGCUGUCUCGCUAUAUGCACAGUUUGGGUACUUUUUUUGACAGUUCUCUCUCUGAAUAUGCACAACUAUUUCUGAAAUUCCCAACGGUUUUUUUCUUUCUUUUAAUAAAUUAUCAUUUUUUUUAUUGUUCUAGAAUUUCCUGUUUUAUUUUAAAUAUAAUAUGAGACAGAAAAAAUAAAAUUAAGAAAAUUAAAAACAAGAAAAAUUAGUUACCAAGAAAAUAAAUUGUCUUUAUUACUUUGUCGAAAUGUAAACAAAUUGAUUUUGAAUGCAACCGACACAAAAGCUGUGCAUAUAGAGAGUGUGCAUAUAGAGAGACAGCACUGUAUCUGAAAUUCCAAGGUAAUUCCAACGAGCCCAAACAUGAUAGCAUUCGGACGAGAAAUGCGCUCUUCUAGACGACGAAAUUUUCGUAAAUGGACGAAAUCGGUUAUGAACCGGUUCAUAACUCAUACUUAACUUUUAUCCGAAAUUAAAUUUUAUACUCCCAAGUUAUUUUGGGCAAAUGUUUUGAAUGAUCUAUGAAUCGGUUCAAAUCGGUUAAAACCGGUAAAUGGUAAACAAUGCAAAAGUAAUUUUGAGAUAUAGGAUGUUUUUUUUUUUAUGCAACCGAAGACCUAGUCGGGAAGGCUCUUCUAUGUAUUCAAUUCCCCAGAGGUAUUAACGGUCCUUCUGGAUCCCGUUUCCACGAUGAAGUAUCAGACCACCUGUAGAUCACAAGUUCGAGCAAUUCGCAAAGCCUGGGACGCUUUUUCACCCCUUUUUGUACGAAGAACUUUUAUUCGAUAAUCUUAAGCUCUUAAUGCAUGUUAGUUUGAAAUAAAUCUUUAAUGCCUAAUUUUGCAGAUUAAAUAUUCUUGAAGAUAAGCUUGAGUCCCUUGAGUCCAUCUUGGCCUUUACUUGAAAUUUAGCCAGAACUAGCAAAUAUUUCAGCUCCUCAAUUAAAUUUAUUUGGUUUAGUAUUGUUUUAGUACAGUAGUAGACUCGCUAAUUCGGCUCUUUUAAGAUCGAGCUAUUUUUUUAAUUCGGGCGACAGUUAUAAUUUGAAAAAAGUUUGUUGACAUUUUUCAAGUUUCCUGUCAAAUAAUUUUGCUCUUACCUGCCGAUUUUACUCGGAGGUUUUUUGAAUUGUAACGGUAUAUUCUAGUACAUUCAGAGAAAUUCUGUAGAUUUUCGGCAGAAUUUCUGCCAAGAAAAUCUGUAGAUUUUCGGCAGAUAUUCUUUCGAAAAUCUGCAAUUCUCGACAGAAUUUCUGCAUAGGAAAUCUGCAUAGUCUCUAUUGUCUCAACAAAAAUAUUGUUGAUUUAUCAAGAAACUGUAGAAGUUCAAAGAAAAUGGUAUGCUCUGGUUGAGAGAUUUAUCGGCAUAUUUUCUGCAGAUGUGUAGAUAUUUUCUGCAGAAAUCUUAAAGACAUCUGACGAAAUUAUUUGACGGGUUGAUUAUGGCUAUCAAAUGAAGCAAAUAUGCUCAAAUUUGAUAUGAUUUGCCUUAUUUUUGAUGUGAUUUUCCAUUAUUAGGGGUUUUCAUGCAAUUUACAGUAUGUAAACUCAUUAUGUGUAUGCAGAUGAAUAAAAAAAUCAUUGCAUUUCAAAUUUGACACCCGAAUUUCUCUCUGAUUCGGGUGACAUAUCGGUCCCAAAUGCCCGAAUUUGAGAGAGUUUACUGUAUUCUUUGGUUCUCAAAGCUCGUAGUGAGUCGAAAACAAGUUGAAGUGCACAUGGCAAUUGGUUGAGAUCAGUGGCAAAGACAAUCUGGCAAGAAUUUUUUCCUGUCUCUAUUUGGGUUAAAUUUGUGGGUUGGGAGUUGGGAAUUACUUGUUCUGAUUGUCGCUCUCUGUGCACAAACACAAAAUUUAUUGGGAUUACGUACCAAGCGAACAGAAGUAUCUUCAGUCACUUUCACAAUUUAGUAUUUCCCGCAUUUGCUGGAAAUUGCAAUUCCCACUUAUAUUCGCUGAAACCUAAAGGGGCGUGGCCUAAUUUAUUUUCUGUUUAAAUAAAUAUUUCGGAUUUUUAUAAGCGUUCAAUUAACAUAAAAAACAGGACAUUACAAAAGCUCAAUAAUUGCAUUUAAUGAAGUACAAAAGCCUUUUUUUCUAAUUAUUUAUUUAGAAAUAUUAUGUUAAUAUUCUUUUGGAAGACAAUUUAUUGGUAGAGAGAAAUCUCUGUUUUCGAGAAGAACUCCCCCUUAACUCAUAGAUGUGUAAUAUUAUGCUAAGCUUUGUGGCUAAUUUUUUUUCUCCAAUUUCCAUCCUCCCUGGAGAGACUUCAAUAGACAAGGGUAGUGGAUUAAAUUGUCCCGGACAUGUAAUGCGGUUAAUGUGAGAGAUUUGUGGGCAUUAGAGACAGAAAUGCCAAUUUUGUGUGUUGUGCAAUGUGUAAACAAAUGACAAUGAAUGUGGGAAAAUGUAUCCACCGAAAAUUGUAAAAAAAAAAGAAAAAAUCAAUAUAUAAAUUCUUCAAAACAAG